AUGAGUGCUCAGGAGAUCAAACAAUCCAGAGAAGCAGUGCCUUUCUCUAGAGAAACGCUAGAGAGUGUGUUAAAGAGGCGGUUUUUUUUUGCGCCAUCCUUUGAGCUCUACGGUGGGGUAUCUGGCCUUUACGACUACGGUCCUCCAGGAUGUGCAUUCCAGGCUAACAUCGUGGACACCUGGAGAAAGCAUUUCAUUCUGGAAGAGGACAUGCUAGAGGUCGACUGUACUAUGUUGACUCCUCACGAAGUACUCAAGACGUCUGGUCACGUCGACAAGUUCUCUGACUGGAUGUGCAGAGACAUGAAAACUGGAGAAAUCUUCAGAGCAGACCACUUGGUGGAAGAAGUGCUCGAAGCUCGCUUGAAAGGUGAUCAAGAAGCUCGUGGUUUGGUGGCAGAUGCGAACGCUGACGCCCAGGACGACGCUGACAAGAAGAAGAGAAAAAAGAAAGUCAAGGAAAUCAAAGCCGUCAAGCUCGACGACAAUGUCGUGAAAGAGUACGAAGAGGUUCUUGCCAAGAUCGAUGGUUACUCGGGCGAGGAGUUGGGCGAGCUAAUGGUCAAGUAUAACAUUGGCAAUCCUGUCACUGGCGAAACUUUGGAGCCCCCAAGAGCUUUCAAUUUGAUGUUCGAAACUGCUAUUGGCCCAUCUGGUCAGUUAAAGGGUUAUUUGAGACCUGAGACAGCUCAAGGUCAAUUUUUGAACUUUAACAAGUUGCUAGAGUUUAACAACAACAAAGCUCCAUUUGCCUCUGCGUCCAUUGGCAAGUCAUUUAGAAACGAGAUCUCUCCUAGAUCGGGCCUCUUGAGAGUACGCGAAUUUUUGAUGGCUGAAAUUGAACAUUUUGUGGACCCUCUAGACAAAUCUCAUCCACGCUUCGCAGAAAUCAAAGACGUUAAAUUAAAGUUUUUGCCCCGCGAAGUUCAACAAUCGGGAUCCACUGAAUGUGUGGAAUCUACGGUUGGAGAUGCAGUCGCUUCUAAGAUGAUCGAUAAUGAAACUUUGGGUUACUUCAUCGCUAGAAUCUACCAAUUUUUGAUGACUAUUGGUGUGGAUGCUAGCAAGUUGAGAUUCCGUCAGCAUAUGGCUAAUGAAAUGGCCCAUUACGCUGCGGAUUGUUGGGAUGCGGAGUUGAAGACCUCGUACGGUUGGAUUGAAUGUGUCGGUUGUGCCGACAGGUCUGCUUAUGACUUGACUGUCCACGCUAACAAGACUAAGGAAAAGCUGGUUGUAAGGCAGAAAUUGGAUGAGCCAAUUCAAGUCACCAAGUGGGAGAUUGAGUUGACCAAAAAGCUUUUUGGUCCCAAAUUCAGAAAAGAUGCACCAAAGGUUGAGAGCUUUUUGCUGGGCUUGACCCAAGAGGAGCUAGAAGCAAAGGCCAAAGAUCUUCAAGCUUCUGGUAAGAUCGUCUUCACCGUUGAGGGAAUGGAUGGCCAGAUUGAGUUAGAUGAUAAAUUCGUCUCUAUUGAACAGAAAACAAGAACCGAACACGUACGUGAGUUUGUUCCAAACGUGAUUGAACCUUCUUUCGGUAUCGGCCGUAUCAUUUACUCUAUUUUUGAACACUCCUUCUGGUCGAGACCUGAAGACACUGCCAGAUCGGUCCUUUCCUUCCCCCCACUGGUUGCUCCAACUAAAGUUCUUUUGGUGCCUUUGUCCAAUCAUCCUGAUUUGUCUAGUGUGGCACAGGAUGUGGCAAAGGUUUUUAGAAAAGAAAAGAUACCUUUCAAGAUCGACGACUCCGGUGUGUCGAUCGGUAAGAGAUACGCUCGUAACGAUGAAUUGGGAACGCCUUUCGGAGUGACCAUUGAUUUUGACUCGGCCAAAGAUGGCACUGUCACUCUGAGAGAGAGAGACUCUACUAAGCAAGUUAGAGGAGCAGUAAGCGAAAUCGUGAAAGCCAUUCGUGAGAUUACUUACAAUGGAGUGUCCUGGGAUGAGGGUACCAAGUCAUUGGAACCUUUCGUCUCGCAAUCAGAAUAA